UCUCUCACUGCGCUCUCCUCCUCGGAGCUGCGUGCGUCUCUGCAUACGCUCGUGCGUAAGAGCGCGCCGAUGGAUGCGUAAAGUGCAAGAUUCCCGCGGAAGAAAAAAAAAAACAAAACAAAAAAACAUAACAAAAAAAACAACCCAAAAACGAUAAGACAUAUAGAGAGAGCUUUAGAUGAUGUUAGUCAAGAUGUUCAUCAGCUCGGAUGAAGGCGCGCUGCUGUUUGGGUGCAUGUCCCUGGACUUUUCAGCAUCGCGGAGGGACCACCGUCGCUCCUCUCCGAGCGUGUCUGCGUGAAGUGGAACGCAGGAGGAAGAAACACAAUGCGAGGCGCGUCCUUUCUCCUCGGCUUCCUGCUGCUCAAAGUUAGCGCUCUGCUGUGCACGGCUGACGGCGAGCCGGGCUUGCUGGGGGGCUUCGUGAUGAUCGCCACCUCCAACGGCUCCCGGGAGGAGGAGAGCGUGUCGGAGGAGACCCUGCACACGGAGGACAGAUGCCGGGGCUACUACGACGUCAUGGGGCAGUGGGACCCUCCGUUCGUCUGCAAAUCGGGCAGUUAUUUGUACUGCUGCGGCACCUGUGGCUUCCGCUUCUGCUGCGCCGACAAGCACUCCCGCCUGGACCAGAGCACCUGCAAAAACUACGACACCCCGUUGUGGAUGAAGACCGGCCAGACGCCGUACAAGAAAAACCGCAACAAGAUCCACGACAGCACCAAAGACAAGACCAACUUGAUAGUUUACAUCAUAUGUGGAGUUGUGGCCAUCAUGGCCCUUGUGGGGAUUUUCACCAAACUGGGACUGGAGAAGGCUCAUCGUCCCCAGAGAGAGAACAUGUCCAGGGCCGUGGCCAGCGUGCUGCAGGGCGGGGGUCCGAGUGAGCAGUACCAGGGAGAGGAGGCCCUCGGCAUGCAUUCCAAGCACUACGUUUCCAGAGCCGCAAACCUCCAGGGCGGUCAGAUGAACAACAACCUAGGAUCGGCGUCAAACAUGAUCCAACAGCACCCGUAUCCUGCUCUCGGUCAGCUGGCUCAUGUGUAUGAACAUCAACAACAUCAACAACAACAACAACAACAUCAACAACAUCAACAGCAGCAGCAACAACAACAACAACAACAACAACAGCAGCAGCAGCAACAUCAAAACAAGGAUUUCAACAAGUACGCCUCCCUGAAGGCAGUGGCUGCCAAAUUCAACGGUGAAGUCUACAACAAGCGCAGGCUGUUGGUGGAGCUGCCAACGAAAGAUGUUCUUCCGCUUCAGCCUAUAGGGAACUCCCGACCUUCUAUGGCCAACAUGUCGUCGAUGACCACUAACCACCCUAUUGCUUUUAACCCAAUGGCUUCCCACUCCAUGAACCCAGCGAUAAACCAGAUGCCCUCCAUGACACCUAUGACAUCAAUAACACCCAUGACUUCUAUGACUCCCAUGACGACACUCACCCCAAUGAACUCUAUGACUCCUAUGACGUCAUUGGGCCCACUGACCCCAGAGCCGGUGGCAACAUAUGUUACUGAGAUGCCCAGAGUCUCCUCCAUCUCGACUCUCCCGACAGAACGGCGUGGAGUUGGAGGAGGAUCGCUGAAGCCCAACGGUCAGAAACUUAAAAGCAACCACGGCCAUGUUGCUUACAGCACUCACAGUGCCCACACUCACCUUCACAGCCACAGUAGCAAGCCGCCAGGACUGGGGACUACCUCCCUGGCACACAUGGCAGGUACUAUGCCAGGCGGCACGUCCAUGGGCAUCUCCAGGGUCGCCGAGACCCCAAUUGGCUCCAGCUUUGCAACAAUGGGGCGCCCAUUGGCGUACAGUUCCAACACCAUAGCGGCUGGGCAUGGGGUGGGAAUGGGGCUAAGGGGAUGGGAUGGGACAGAGACAGUUGGCCGGAGGAAGACCUAUGGGCACAAGAGGCCUCAGUGUACAGUGCUGGAGCCUAACCAGCUCCAUGGCAGCAGAGGCCAUAGCCACAGCCAACACUUCCUCCCCACACAGCCCUACUUUGUGACCAACAGCAAGACAGAGGUGACUGUGUGAGACAAAAGGAAGAAGGGUAAAGAAUGCAUGGUGACAUAAACGGAUACACCAACACGAGAGUUGGCCAAAGGCACAGGUGUGUUUGUUCAAAUCUGAGGUGGUACUGGUAAAUGAUAUGCACUUUGUGACACCACAUCUGAUUGGGCCCUUUUUAACACAAAGAGAGUCCAUCAAAUCACCACUGAACGUUGAUGUCUGAUGCUAGUGGUCAGGUGACAUCAUCAUAACAAUGUAAAGUUGUUCAACAUGUGUAUCACAGCUACAUGAGCACUGCAAUGUCACAGAGAUUGAUGGGACCCAAACCCUGGAAGCAAUAUAAGGGAUCCAGCACCCAGGCAUUGUUUGCGAAGUCAAAUUGAUAGUCCCGGUGUCUGCCAAACGAGAAUUAAAUGGUUGAACUACAAACAUUCCAGUAUGCCUCACCCCCCAAAUGUCUUGAUGUGUUGAAAAUGACAGAGGACAAGGGCUCUGGGCUUUGGACUGCAAGCAUACAAGGUUCACUAGAUGUUUCCUCAUAAGCUUUGGAACUGAAGGUCUGCCUUCUAGAACAAAGCUCCAACACAGUUAAUGGGUGGCGGAGACACAGCUCUUGUCUGCAGAGACACAGCAUGAUUCUUCCAUAGUCACACUGAAGUGCACAUAUUCCAACACAUGCAGGAAUAGGACCGGGAUGAACAUAGAAGAAACUACAUAGGAUUACUGUAGAAACGUCAGCCGCCCCAGCUUGAUCCAUUUAUGCUUUGUUUUGUUUGUUUGCAUAUGUGAUUUGUACACAUGUGUUGGAUAUUGUAUUAAAUCUCCACUGGAACACUUAAA